CGCAUCCGUUCAAAGUGCACGAUACGAUUUGUUUUGGUUCAUGUUGCAGCUAGGCAGGAAAAUAUCGUAGAUUCAAGGUCCACCACGGCAUUUUAUCUUGGAAGAAAGCCCACUGACACGCUGCCAAAUAUACUGCUAGAAAACUCCUCGCCACCCCUUUGACAAGCGCCAGCCCCUGCGAUUCGAUCCUACUGAGUCUAGAAGCUAACUGAACUGCCAGGUUCACCCAUGUCCUCUGAGGAAGGAUUGAGUUCAACGAUCACGGAUUGGCUUUUCUUCAGUUCCUGGUGGCUCCUUUUGCCUUUCAUUAUGCUUCUAGUCGUUGUUGCAUUCAUCGUUGCCUUCGUGUUGCUGUUGUACAUGAUAUCCCCUUUGAUUAGCCCCAAACCUCUCAAAUUAAAUGGGGCCCACGUCGUGGUAAGUGCUCAUUGUCAUAACUAGACAACGGUAUCAUAUUCAGACUUGCUAGUUAGAAACAAGGUACUAUGCUAGCUACGUUGCAUUGCAUAACCAUUGCACGGUAGGUUUUAUAGGGUGUUGCAGGUGAAGGUGUUUCGUAAGUAACGGUGCUUGUACGGAACCGAUAGCUCAUCUACAAGUAUGACACGCCCACAAUUAAUUGACAGCUUGUAACAUAGUUUACAAUGUAUCUUCGUUGGCAACAUGUUGUAAGCUAAAAGUGAAAACUCUAGUAUGGCAAUAAGUAGGCCAGCCAGUCAAUAACACUCAAGUUCAUAGAAAGUAUCAUACAUUGUAGCAGAAACACAUGUACUAACUUGAAAAAAAGAAACAUUCUAAUGACCUACUGUAUAUACUGUAAGUUGGACUUUGACCCCAGGAGCCCAUCCCUUGUAUUUGACUUUAAAGGGAAUGUCCCUCCUCUCUCACCUACCACCACCUUUCAACCCGCAGGUCACUGGAGGCUCCAGUGGAAUAGGGAAAAGCAUUGCUAUGGAGUGCUACAGACAAGGAGCCUUCAUCACGCUAGUGGCAAGAGACGAGGUGAGUAGAAAUCCACUUCAAAUCAACAUCCUUGCAGGGCUCUACAGUGCAACCAUUUUACUUGCAUAUGCACCUAAAUAUUUUGCUGUGUGACCUGGAACUUUUAUUUAGGAGCACCAGUGCGCCUAGAAAAAUUAAGGAUUCUAGCUUUAUUACCUCAAAUAAAAAAUGUUGUGCUCCUAAUUUCUUGGUGUGUGUCUAAAUUUCCCAACUUAGACGCACACGUGCUACUUAUAAAAAUAAAGGUCAGCGCAUCACUCAGCCAGUAUAUUUAUCAAUCAUUCAAUAUUUUUCUUUAGAGUAAAUUGGUUCAAGCGAAAAAGGAAGUGGAGAAAUGUGCGAUUAAUGACAAGCAGGUAUGUAUUACGUUGCUACAGUCCAUGUUUUGGUACAAUGUGUUUUUUUUUGCUUUUUGGGGGGAUGCAAGCAAAUUAUUGAAUGUUGACGCUGAUCAUCUCAUUAGCAACUUACUUGAGCACUGACUGUUUUGGUAUUCGUAUUCCUCUUCCACUCAGGUGGUGCUCUGCAUAUCAGUUGACGUGUCCAAGGACUACGGACAGGUGGAAAGUGUGAUUAAGCAGGUAAAUCACAAGUGAUAGGAAUUCAUAUCAUGGAAAAGGCCCGUAACUUUUUUAUAAUUCUCUGCAAGUGACAACAUCCAUAUAAUUUCAUCCAUCUAGUGCCAAGAGAAGCUUGGUCCGGUUGAUAUGCUGGUGAACUGUGCUGGGACGUCCUUCUCUGGGAAGUUUGAGGAGGUGGAGGUGGAGCGCUUCAGAGUAAGUACUGUAACUAAUGAGGGGAAUAGACUGACAGGUCUGGAAGGGAGAACGCAGAAACCCAACUCCUUACAGUGUGUGCCUCAGAAAACCUUGAUGUUGUGCCAAAACUAACUAAUUUGAAACUAACUCUGAAUAGGCAAUGAGACAAGAUGUUAGAUUCCCAGAUUGAAGAUUCAUAGGGUUUGAUGUCUGUCCAAGGUGGAACCAAGGGUUCAGCUUUCAGUUUAAAGAGGCAGCUAGUGAGCCAGAAGGUUAGAUGAGAUUGCAGUCUAGGUCUGCAGCAGAUUUGAUUGCAGUGGAAGAAUGAGAGAGGUUUAAUUCCAGGCUGAAGAGGUGGCUGGUUUCUUCACUCUCUCUGACAGUGAAGGGAUUGUACCGAUACCGAAAUAAUAAUGACCCAGGGAAAAUUAGAUUGUGUGUACGUGUCACGAGUGUGUGUGCAUGAAGUGGUUAUACCGAUACUAAGAUAAUAAUAAUGACCAAUGGAAAAUUAGAUUGUGUGUGUGUUCCCCACAUCCUAAUGUAUUUAAUGAGCUUCAUUAGAUUUCCUGGAGGGAGCUUGGCUCUGCUGGUGCUGCUAGCUAGUUCCUUCUCAUCCUGACAUUCCACUGCUGGUCACAUGCCUCGUUAAGGGUCUGAAGUCAUUAGACCUCACCCCAGAGAAAUGCUAUAACCAUGGAAACUACACAGAAAUAUCAUAACAAUAUCAUAACACAUACCAUGUUUUUUCUCAAGUGAAUACUAUUGAUAAUAUGUGUAUUACUCAGCCUAUGAGUAAUAAUAAACCUUUUAUUAAUAAUAAUACAUCAUUCAUUACUUUUUGUGCUCCUUCCGUUGGCAAUAACAGAGUCUGAUGGAGGUGAACUACCUGGGCAGUGUGUAUCCCACACGGGCUGUAAUCACCACUAUGAAGGAGCGGAGGAUGGGACGCAUCAUGUUUAUCUCCUCCCAGGCUGGCCAGAUCGGCCUGUUCGGCUACACAGCCUACUCUCCAUCCAAAUUUGCCCUGCGUGGGCUGGCUGAGUCCCUGCAGAUGGAGGUUAGUAGUAUACUAUAGUUCCUUUUCCUACCCACAUUGGGGGCCAAUAGGUCAAAUAUUCUACAUAACAUUUGAAUAAGUCUCUUUAAGGCUGAAUGCACUCUUUCCUGCAGAUGAAGCCAUAUAAUAUUUAUGUGACAGUGGCCUACCCCCCUGACACGGACACUCCAGGACUAGCAGAGGAGAAUAGGACCAAGGUGAGUCUCCUCAUGAAAAAGGGGAAAGUGUAAAUUCUCUCAAAUUUUGUCUUUUACUCUGACGCCUCAAGUUAUAUUUUGUCUCUUCGUCCUUCCAUAGCCUUUAGAGACUAGGCUGAUCUCUGAGACAUCUGGGGUGACCCAGCCGGAGCAGGUGGCUAAGAUCAUUGUCAAGGAUGCAGUGGUAAGACACUGCAUUCUCAGCAACUGUCACUAUGAAAUUCACUCCGCCUCAGGCCAACACAAAAACCUUUAUCAGUAAAUACCUUCCAGUCAGGAACAUAGAGAGAAUUGCUCUCUAAAAGUGUGAUAAAGCAGUUUUUCUGACAGUCAUAUAUUUGUGCCCCCCCACAGCAGGGGAACUUUAACAGCUCUGUUGGGCCUGACGGCUACAUGCUCUCAGCUCUCACCUGUGGAAUGUCACCUGUCACCUCCAUCACAGAGGGCCUCCAGCAGGUAACUACAGGACAGGAAAAGCACUGUCACUGUCCCACUACAACACACCCCAAAUAUUACUAUUUUGGUAAACAUGUGUUAACUGGACCUUUAACUAUCAACUUAACAAAGCCAUUUAGUAUCUAUUACACAUCUAUUGUAACCAUAGAGAUUGAAUUGUCAUAUUUCUAUGAUUAUAACAUAAUAAUAGAUUGUCCCAAAACGAUCUGUUACUGUCACUAACUCUGGUGAUAGUGAAUAGGGCCCAUAUUGUUAAUGUGACCUCUGUUUGACCUCUGUGCAGAUUGUAACCAUGGGGCUGUUCCGGACCAUUGCUCUGUUCUACCUGGGGAGUUUCGACAGCAUUGUGCGUCGCUGUAUGAUCCAGAGGGAGCAGGCCAAAGCAGCGGACAAGAGGGAGUAACACCCCCCCCCCCCCCCCCCCCCCCCCCCCCCCCCCCCCUCCAUCCUCCACUACUCCACUAGUCAUAUCCACUGGAGAA